CUAGCAACAUUUAGUGUCACUGUCAUUAAUUUUUCGUCGUACGUAAGCGAAAGCGAUCAAGCAAAUUAAAAUAUUUAUAUAAUUAUCCUAUAUAAUUUUGAUCUUAUUGAGCUAAUUUAUUACACCAGCUCAUAAAUAAAUAAAGGAAUUAAUUAAUACUCAUAAUGGAAAAGUAAAAUUAUUUCCUAAAUAAUAUAAUCUUGUUAAGUGUAUUAUAAAAACUUAUGAUUUUUUUAAUUAGUUCCAGCUCAUUAAGCCAAGAAGAGGUAAAGACUGUCAAACUUUUGGCCAAAGGUGUAUUGGAGUUGUAUGAACCACCUCUUACAACUAUAAAUACUCAUUUGAAAGAGUUGACGGAGAAACAGGAUGCAGUGCAUAAUAUGCUUACUUCAGAGCGCCGUAAGCUUGAAGAUGUACAGAAUGAUGCUACAUUGGAUGCUUUGUUAGCAGACAUUGCCAGUAACAGAGAAAAACUUGUAUCUAUUUCUAGUACAAUGAUGAGUUUACAUAAGAGAGUACAAUCUUUACAGUCACGAGCGGCAAACAUAGAAAAAGUUGCAAAGAACAGAAUCUCAAGUCCAAGCCCAAGUAGAACAUCAACAAGUUAGUGAAAGGACCAUACGAUUAUACACCUUGAUGUGAUAGUUAAUAAGAGUGCAAUUGUAAUACAAUAAGUACAACAAAAAAUUGUAAGUGAAUUCAGGCUAUGACUUUAUUGUCGAAUGAAUAUUUGUGGUGGCGUCUUUGAGCAUCCAAAGUCCACAAUCAUCCACUGCGCUCAACAUUGAGUUUGUUGGCUGUUUU